AUGGAGGACCUGGAGGAAGCAGGAGUGUUUGUAAGGGAGGGAGGAGCGAAAGAGGCGCUCAAUGGUCAGAAGCCGUUCACCACUCACGAGCUGUUGUGCUUCUACGGCUGGUACAAGCAAGCCAUGCAGGGCGAUGUUCAGGGGACGCAGCCCGGCAUGCUUCAGGUGGAAGCAAGAGCGAAGUGGAAGGCAUGGGAGAGGAUGAAGGGGAAGGACAGGGAGUGGUGUGCAAGGGAAUAUAUCAAGAAGCUAGAGGAGAGAAUCCCUGAGUGGCGCUCCUGGCCCAAACUUGAGGCCUACCGA